GCAGUUAUUCUCGGAGGAGGCCUCAGCAGGGUAGAGUUUCAGGUUGUUUAUGCCUCUCGGAGGCACCUGGGGGCAGGGGUGCUCAGCUCAGCUCCGCUGCUCGCUGACCCCUCCGAUUCCCUGUCCCGCUGGUGGGGUGCGGGCGUGGGCCCUGCCGUCCCCGGCAGCCCAGAGGUCUGCAGCUUUCUCCAGGCCGUUCUGGACGAGGGGGGCACGGUGGUCCUCAGCCAGCCCUGCGUGGGCAGUGUGCCAGCCUGGGCGCAGGAGGGCGGUUCACACCCGACGCUGGCCUGAGGUCCGCCUGGCUGCUCUCGGCAGCUCAGUGCUAUUAAUAUCAGGCCAGCGCACAAGCCCCAGCCGGGUGAUCCUCUUAGGAGGCCGGCGCUGAGUGCCGUUGCUUCUGCACGGGCUCCUGGGGCCUCUCACCUGUUGGCCCCCCGCCUCCCAGGGGACAGCCUCUGCCCGCCAGGGCCUGGACCCCACUUCAGCCUCUCACCUGCUGUGCUGCCCACCCCUGAGGAGCAGUUCAGGGGGCUCCUGAGCUGUCCUGGGGGGCUGCCAGGGCUCUAAGAGGCAGUGCGGCGGUGCCCUGCACGCACCUGGGAUCACCCUGGUGCCCCGGUUUCCCCUGUGUCCCGGCCAUGAGCAGCCCCCAGGCUUACGCUGGCAUCAGGGUCUCGGGGUGCUGGGCCCUUGGAGCAGAAGGCAGCAGCAACGCGGAGUCCUUGGACAGGCUUCUCCCACCUGUGGGCGCCGGGCGCUCGCCCCGGAAGCGCACCACCAGCCAGUGCAAGUCCGAGCCGCCCCUGCUGCGCACGAGCAAGCGCACCAUCUACACGGCAGGGCGGCCGCCCUGGUACAACGAGCACGGCACCCAGUCCAAGGAGGCCUUCGCCAUCGGCCUGGGGGGCGGCAGUGCUUCUGGGAAGACCACUGUGGCCAGAAUGAUCAUCGAGGCCCUGGACGUGCCCUGGGUGGUCUUGCUGUCCAUGGAUUCCUUCUACAAGGUGCUCACCAGGCAGCAGCAGGAGCAGGCCGCCCACAACAACUUCAACUUCGACCACCCCGAUGCCUUUGAUUUCGACCUCAUCAUCUCCACCCUCAAGAAGCUGAAGCAAGGCAAGAGCGUCAAGGUGCCCAUCUACGACUUCACCACCCACAGCCGGAAGAAGGACUGGAAGACGCUCUACGGUGCAAACGUCAUCAUUUUCGAGGGCAUCAUGGCCUUUGCUGACAAGACACUGCUGGAGCUCCUGGACAUGAAAAUCUUCGUGGACACGGACUCUGACAUCCGCCUCGUGCGGCGGCUGCGCCGUGACAUUAGCGAGCGGGGCCGGGACAUCGAGGGUGUCAUCAAGCAGUACAACAAGUUUGUGAAGCCCGCCUUCGAUCAGUACAUCCAGCCCACCAUGCGCGUGGCGGACAUUGUGGUGCCCCGGGGGAGUGGGAACACAGUGGCCAUCGAUCUGAUCGUGCAGCACGUGCACAGCCAGCUAGAAGAGCGUGAGCUCAGUGUCAGGGCCGCGCUGGCGUCAGCGCACCAGUGCCACCCCCUGCCCCGGACGCUGAGCGUCCUCAAGAGCACGCCGCAGGUGCGGGGCAUGCACACCAUCAUCAGGGACCGGGAGACCAGCCGCGACGAGUUCAUCUUCUACUCUAAGAGGCUGAUGCGGCUGCUCAUCGAGCACGCGCUCUCCUUCCUGCCCUUCCAGGACUGCGUCGUGCAGACCCCGCAGGGCCAGGACUACUCGGGCAAGUGCUACGCGGGGAAGCAGAUCACAGGCGUGUCCAUCCUGCGGGCCGGCGAGACCAUGGAGCCUGCGCUGCGGGCCGUGUGCAAGGACGUGCGCAUCGGCACCAUCCUCAUCCAGACCAACCAGCUCACCGGGGAGCCCGAGCUCCAUUACCUGCGGCUCCCCAAGGACAUCAGUGACGACCACGUGAUCCUGAUGGACUGCACAGUGUCCACUGGCGCGGCGGCCAUGAUGGCGGUGCGGGUGCUGCUGGACCACGACGUGCCCGAGGACAAGAUCUUCCUGCUGUCGCUGCUCAUGGCGGAGAUGGGCGUCCACUCGGUGGCCUAUGCUUUCCCGCGCGUGAGAAUCAUCACCACGGCGGUGGACAAGCGCGUCAACGACCUCUUCCGCAUCAUCCCCGGCAUAGGGAACUUCGGCGACCGCUACUUCGGGACUGACGCCGUCCCCGAUGGCAGCGAUGAGGAGGAAGGGGGCUCCGUGGGGUAGCCGCCCUCCCCGCCCCCAACCCCUCCUGCUUCCCCGGGGCUUACAGGGUAGAGAUGUUAACUUAUUUUAAUGAAAAAAUGUGUUGUCGGUGUACCUUGUCUAAACAUUUUGUAAAAUAAAACUUGAAAAUUAA